AUGGUGAACAAGGCGCCCGCUCCGCGAUUAAAGCUCGUCGUGCGGCGGCUUCCGCCCACUCUGCCCGAGGCGACAUUCUGGUCCGUCGUCGAGCCGUGGACCUCGGGCGCGCUCUGGAAGCGAUACGUGCAGGGCCGGCCGGGAGAUAAUUUCGGUGCGCACCCCGUGCACUCGCGCGCAUACGUCCUGAUGCCGGACGUUGCGUCAAUCGUCGCCUUCCACACCGCUUUCGACGGGCACCUCUUCCGCUCCAAGACUGGACAAGAGUUCCAGGCCGUGGUCGAGUUUGCACCUGUCGAGAAGACGCCGUAUCGCGUGAAGGAGAAGAAGGAUGCGAAACAGGGCACGAUCGACAACGACUACCUCUCCUUCCUCGCUGCCAGGGAUAGUGUCCCCGAGCCCGUCGAGGUGACCGUCUCCACGCCCGCGCCGCCGCCCGAGUCCACCCCCCUCUUAGACGCGCUCAGGGCGCAAGCGUCAAAGAGCAAGCAGAAGCAGGCCAAGAAGAAGGAGAAGGCCGAGAAGGCGAAGAAUGCGGCGCUCGCGUCGGUGGCAGACGCAGCGAAGAAUCGCGCCCCCACCGGCGGAAACGUCGUCAUGGUCGCAGGCGCAGGGCGCGAGGUGUACGUUCAGGACGGCGGGGCGCCCUCGGAAGAAACCUCAAAGGACUCAAAGGACAAGAAGAAGGCGCCGAGACGGAAGAAGGGCAAGAAACCUGAGGCCGCUGCUGCCGAAGCCGGCGCUGGUAAGGACGACGCUGGCGAGGGUCCUUCGCAGGCCCAGCAGCAGCAGCCGCAGGGCCAGGCGCAAGGGGAGAAGAAGCCCAAGUCGAAACCGAAGAAGAAGCCGCAGGAGAAGAAGCCGAAGGAGGAGAAGGAGAAGAAGGACGGCGACGAGGGUGCUGCCCCCGCCGCUGGCGAGGGGGAGGAGAAGAAGCCGAAGAGCCGGAAUCGCGGUCGUGGGCGGGGAGGUGGUGGUGGUGGAGGAGGGAAUAAGGAGGGUGGCGCCGGCGGCGGCGAAGCGAAGGAGAGUGGCCCGAGCAAGCCGCCGAAACAGAAGAAACCCCGCGAACCCCGCGAGCCCAAGAACGAAGUCAAGGCGAGCGAGGCGCGGAUAGACAUGUAG